UUCAGCAAACUGUCUUCAGACCUAGACCACAGCAUAAAAUACUUUUUACAUUCACUACCAUACCUUUCCUGUAUUUCUCUGUCUCUGUGUUUUGAUGCAUUAUUAUCAUUUUCUUGUUUUUUGUUUUUUGUUUUUUUACUUCAUAAUCCUUGCUCAUUUCUAAGUUGACUUUCAGUGAACCAGCCCCUCCUCUCAUGCACAAAGCUUCAUGUGGCCCAGAUAAAAGAGCUGUCCAAGGAAUCACCCAGGGGUGGAUGUCCCCGACAGACAAGUGUCCGCUGGCAAACCCUUUGACACCAACACCACCUCCUUUUCUGGACAACUUCUUGGAUGAAUUAGAGAAGCUUGGUGCUUUAAUCUUAUCAGCUGACCAAGCCAAACCAAAUAACCUAGAUGAGAUCACCCUUGAAAUUAAAGAAGAACCCCCAAUUCUCCUCCCAUUGCCCGCAGCAUCUGUACCUGCCAAAUCACCUUCCUCUCAACCACCUUUUCCUCUAUCGGGGGUGACCUCAACUACAGUGCAGCCUUAUGAAGCAACACCAUGCCAGGAUCCCAGAAAGACAACUCAAAACAAGUGUGCUGAUUUGACAAAAAUGAGAAAAGGCUUUGCAGGUCCUGAAAAAGUACUUGAAGUCCUAGGUGAUAAAUUUGUGGCCUCUGCACACACUAAUGUGGGUCCCUUGCCCCAAACCCUCCCUGUCAUUGGAGAGGAAGAUGAGGAAAUCUGUGAGGGGGUUAUGUCAGGUAUCCCAAAAGGGCCAGAAUCUCAAGAAGCAGAUGCUUUGUGGUGUGGCCAUGAUGGCACAGAGAGGACACCAAGCCUGCACAUUGAAGAGGAGGAAGAGGAGAGGAAACCUAACGGAUUAAAAUAUGCAGUAGCCACCCCCACAGAUCCUAGAACUCCUAAGGAAGACAGCAGUGCAGCUAAAACCAGUAAUGAGCCACCAUCAUUUUCUUCGGGAGAUCGAACGUGUACACCUUUUCCCAGAUGCCUCCUUUCUUCCCCUCCCUUUCAUUCUCCUUUGGCCUCUGCCUCUGACCUGGUCUCUACACUUUCUCAGCCUACCCAGUCCUACUCACCUCCUCUCCUCCCUAAAUACUCUUAUCAAAAGGAGAUAAGUUCACCAAAAGUAAAGGUAACUGCAUCUUGAGUGUGGUUUAUUGCAUGUUGGAAAUGAACUUAAUUGAUUAGAUGUAUAUGUUUAGGCUUGUGCCAUCUUAUAAGAUCUCAAAAGUCAUGUAAAGACAGAUUGCUAACUUUUAACAUCAUCAGCAUGGCCUCUAUCCAAAAAGCUAAAAGAUGUAUGUGCAUAGCAGCUAUUCCCAUAUUGAGGAGAAAAACAAACUAAAAUUUAUAUAAGAAUAAAAAGCAACCAUUAGGUUUUUCUUUUUUUUUAAGUUGAGGGUUAGCAGGAGAACCAUCUGAUUCAAAGGUGUCAGCAUGUGCCUGUCAUCCUGUCAUUUCUUAGUGGGCUCACUGCCUCCUGUGGGGAAUUCUCUCCCAUCAGGCAGCAAGAUCAGCAGAGCCUGAGGACGCUCUUUGCAAUCGACUGUCUUGACCCUUGUUCUCCCACAAAACUGAAGUAAAUUAAUGAGGAUGCAGGAACAAGCUGCUUUUGUAACAGUUCACAAAGCGUCUUAUCUCUGAGACUGGCAGCCUGGCAACUCCCCCUAAGGACAUAAUUUUAAAAGACUUUUAACAAAAUGAAUGACUGGCCUUGGAAAAAGAUUUAAUGGCAAUCACAGCAUGAAAUCAAUCCAUCACGGAAAAGUUUGCUUCUGUGAUCAGAAUAAUCCAAAAUCUUUUCUUUUAGACAAAAGGUGAUAGACUUCAAAUGAUAACCCAGUCUCACAUUCAAUCUUCAGAACUUGAAAUGAGAGCCUCUGCAGAGAAGUGAAGAAGUGAAGGCUCUGGUAGAGUCAAGUUUCUGUUCUAGGAAGAACCAACGCCUGAGACAACCUUCUAAACCCCCAUCAUGAAAUCCAUCCAACAAAAUUGUCUGUCUAUGUGAAUUUAUCUUACCUAUGAAAGGAAAAAUGUUUGAGACAAUGGAAUGCUUUAAGAGUAAUUGCUCUUUGCCCUUUGAGGUUUUACCUUAGCUGGCAGGAAAUAACUAGGAAAAUUUUGUAAUAAUAAUAAUACUUUACAUAAUGUCUAAGACGAAGAAUUUGCUUUUCCCCCUCUUUCUAUGGUUUUCUUUUUAAGGCCAAACUAUGUAUUCCUUACCCUUCCCUACUUGUUCUCGAGCCUUUAAACUUCAUCAAUAAGUGGAAACGUAACUUUAGAAAUCAGCGUUCUUUAAUUUAGAGAAAUGGAGGACUGACCAUUGUGGUAUCCAGGACAAAACCAGGAUUUAGACAGGUUUAUUCUCCUGCAAGACCCAAACUCAUUUCACACAUACAUUAAGUUGCAGUUGUUUGCAGAAUGAUACAAAAGAAUGGAGUUAUCCACAAUGGUGAUGUUUUAAAAGAAUACUUUAGUAACAGCAUCAAAUAACUAACUCCAGAAACCUGAAGUUGUUUUUUCAAUAUUUUAUCUCAUCUUUGAGAGCAAGUGUUAAUUUUUAACUCCCCAGUGAGUUUUUUGAAACCUUAUAAAUCAAAUCUAUCAUUUUAUUCAUAGAGAGAAUAUAAGUUGACUGAAGUUAUUUGUGCUUGUAAAUAUAAAUACAAAUUGAAUCAGCUACACAUUUUAGACCAUUAUUACAAUUUAGCCCCACAUCCAACACAGUAACAAGCUGUGCUCCACUGAAUCCUUUAAGACUUCCUAUUUCUUCCAUUUCAAGAAUGUUAGAAGUUACGUUCAUUACAGUGACAGUAACCUAGCACUAAAAGCAAAGAGAAAAUAAAAUUUUAAUGAUGUUUUAAUAGGCAUAGUAUAGUAUGCAUAACAUCAUUAGAAUUUUAUCAACCCCUAUCAACCAUUAUUUUACUUAAAUCUUCCAUAAAAGUAAA